AUGUUGUCGUAAGUAGUCUUGAUAACGUUGGCUCAGUGCCUCAUUGGCAGCUUCAGUCAGUGAGUCACGGAUGGACCGCGGAUAAGACUGACGAAGCGCUAUUGAUGCUGUGAGCUUGCCAUUACUGAGGUCAUGUGUACUGCGUAGAUUGAACAGGUAAUACUUCGCUUCAGCACUCAAUUCAUUGCCAGAUUGCAUUACAUAACCAAGCACCUCUAGUAGCGUAAUGCUUCUCUGCAAGUUCCUCGCAGCUGCACAUCAUCAUGAAGCUAGAAUCGACCCUGUCUCCACUUUGUCCGUGAGAAAGACUUUUGCUUCUCUCCAUGUCACUCGUGUCAACAGCAGAAGCAACUGCACAACACACGCUUCGCAAAACAGUCAGCUGCUGCGGCUCGUGAACAGCGUGAUCAACCUACCUUCUGCGAUUGCGGUGCAACCGCAACAGCGGGCGGCUCAUCCGCCUCAACGCCCAGUCGACUCGCCGUGCGGACCUUCUCUCGGAUCUGCUCCUGGCGCUCGCGGAUGCUGCGCGGACGUCCGGGGUGAGCAAGGUACUCGUCUGCGCCGAGCAGAUUGCCACUUGGUGAGCGAACGUGGCCACGCGCCAAAAUCUCGGUCGGAUCGAUCAACUCGCUCAGGGUACGUAAGCGAGGUGGAGGUGGGGGACGGCUGACAUCGGAGUGGCCUUCCGUCUCAUGGAUAGAGAUAGGGGCUGGUGUGAUAUCGUCCACACCUUGCGCGAGACCUACUUGGUAAGCUUUGCGGUGUGGGAAUGACGGAGAAGGAUGGCUUGCU